CAGAGUGAAAGGUUAAAAUUUUAAUAUUUAUUAUAUAUGAUAUUAUAUACAUAUUUUACAUCUUUUACUUCUAUUAUAGUUACAUACAAGUGACAGUAGAAACUUGUUAUUCUACUAUAUCAUCAUACCCAGCCAGAAAUUUUUCUCUAUGUCUCUAAACCCCAUUUUGUAUUCUUGCCACGAUUUAUAGAAGUAAUCUGUGGGGUUUCCAUAAUCCUCCCUUUGGGGAUCACCUACAGAGUCACGAAAUUUAAUUAUGAGUUUCUUUAUUUGUCCUACUACAUUAGAAAUGAGUGGAAAUAACCAAUAUAUCUGAAUGAAGUUUAAUCCUAGUUGUAUGAGGUUACAAAGCAUUUCUAAGUUAAUCACUGAGUUAUAAACCACUAAUUGAACUUUAUUGAGGUUUACUAAAUAGAACCAGGAUUCUCGAUAAUACAUAAUAUAUUUGUGUGUAGUCGCCUCGUGCUCAGAGUGAUGGUGUCAGACAAGGUCGAGUAAUUAGAGAAGAAGAAAAAAACACUGACGCCAAAGAUGAUGUUCCUUUAAGCAAAACCAGAUUUCUAAGAAUCUGAUCAUAUGUAGUGUAAACAAAAUUCCCUGUUGACCAAUGUUAAAUAUAAAUGUUGAACUACAGUGAAAUAACAUCAGUAUUGUAGCAGUUCUUCCUCUACUAUUUAAUAAAGACAAUGAUACAUCAAAUUUACCAAAUGAUGAUCAGUAUCAAACCUGUGAUGAUUCUUCUUCUGGUUCAUCAGACCUGUCAGCUAGAGACGAACUUCGAGCGAUGUCAAUUGACAACAGUAUCAACUAUACUGGAUUCAAUCAUUCUACUAGUUACACAAGCUAAACAGAAAAUACACAGCGAUGAACUGGAAUGUCUUCCAAACUCUCCUGGACCAAUAGACUGUGCAGAUGUUUUCCUUAAUGGACACCGUAGUAGUGGAGUGUACCGUAUCUGGCCCAAGUCAUGGAUAAUUACAGGAAGUGUUGAUGUUUAUUGUGAUAUGGACACUGAUGGAGGAGGCUGGACAGUGAUCCAGAGACGAGGGGAUUAUGGAAGCCCCACAGAUUACUUCUACAAUUCCUGGCAAGAAUACAAAAUGGGGUUUGGGGACAUAGAGAAAGAUUUCUGGUUGGGAAAUUACUGGAUUUUUACUUUAACGAACCAAGGAACUUAUUCAAUCAGAUUUGAUCUGAGAGACAAAGAAAAUGAAACACGGUUCGCCCUCUAUCGGGAGUUUAGGAUAGACAGUGAAGACCUGUACUAUCGUCUACAUGUUAAAGGUUACACAGGAGAUGCAGGGGACAGUAUGACAAAUCACAACGGGUUAAAUUUCUCCACCAAGGAUAGUGACCACGACACGUAUUCUGGUAGUUGUGUAGAGUCAUAUAAAGGAGGAUGGUGGUAUGGAAAAUGUCAUUCUUCUAACUUAAAUGGACUUUAUCUGAAUGGACAACACGAGAGCUACGCUAAUGGUGUGAACUGGAAAACAUGGAAAGGUUAUCAUUACUCUCUCCCGGAAGUGUCAAUGAAAAUACGACCCCUUAACUUUGAGAUUCCGAUAAAUAACAGUAACAUUCCAAUGUAAAAUACAAUUUUGUUAUCUUUUAAAACCACGAUUUCUAUUUAAUGGAUAAAAUUAACAUUAAUUUGUUGGAAGUUUCUGAUUAUGGACAAAUUGUGAUCAGAAAGUUGGUAAAUCGUGAUGAGAAAAUGAAUAAAUUUUAGUUAAAUUUGAUUAUAUUAAGGAAUAGUUACUGUUGGAGAACAUAGGAGGUUUAAUGUUUAGAUUCUAUUUGUAUUCAUUUAUGCAAAAUGUUUUAUUUUAAAUUAUUUUAGAAACA